AUGGCGCUCCAUUCACACAGUGCUCACCUCCCAACCCAUAAGCGCUUCUCUCGCCCUUCAGCUUUACACAACCCAUUUCAGACCUCUCAUGUCUUCCGCAGCUCUGUUCGUUACGACAGUAACCCGACAAGUUUCCCUGUUUUGGUGGCGAGAAAUAAGGGCGGGAGGAGAUUAGUUACGGCGUGCAUGGGUAAUGCUGACUCAGAAGAGGAGGAGGAGCCAGUGUUGGUGGCUGAGAAGAAGGAGGAGUUGGUGGAGCGAAGCCUAUGGAAGCAGGUGAAGGACAUUGUCAUGUUUUCGGGUCCGGCUACCGGGUUGUGGAUUUGUGGGCCGUUGAUGAGUCUCAUCUCCACCGCUGUUAUCGGCCAGGCUAGCUCUACUGAGCUUGCUGCUUUGGGUCCGGGAACUGUCUUCUGUGACAACAUGAAUCUUUUGUUCAUGUUCCUCUCCAUUGCUACUUCUAACAUGGUUGCCACUGCGCUCGCCAAGAGGGAUAAAAAGGAAUUGCAGCAUCAGAUAUCUAUCUUGCUCUUCGUUGGACUGACUUGUGGAGUUCUGAUGCUCUUGUUUACUCAAUUCCAUGGUUCAUGGGCGCUAACAGCUUUUGCUGGGCCCAAGAAUGCACAUAUUAUACCUGCAGCAAGCAAAUAUGUUCAGAUUCGAGGGUUAGCGUGGCCUGCGAUUCUUUUCGGAUUGGUUGCUCAAAGCGCAAGUCUGGGCAUGAAAGAUUCAUUGGGACCUUUAAAGGCUCUGGUGGUUGCCAGUGUUGUGAAUGGCCUUGGUCAUGUAGUCCUAUGCAAUUUCUUACACUAUGGUAUUACUGGUGCCGCAUGGGCAACAAUGGCAUCUCAGAUUGUUGCCGCUGGUAUGAUGAUUGAAGCUCUGAAUAAGAAAGGAUUCAGUGCAUUUUCCAUCUCUGUUCCAUCACCUCGUGAAUGCCUGCAAAUAUUCGGAAUUGCAGGUCCGGUGUUUGUAACAAUGUUCUCAAAGGUGGCUUUCUACUCACUGAUGACAUACUUUGCUACUGCUAUGGGUACAAAUAUAGUUGCUGCUCAUCAGGUCAUGAUACAAAUGUACGGGAUGUGUGUGGUAUGGGGUGAGCCUCUUUCUCAAACUGCACAAUCAUUUAUGCCUGAGUUAUUAUAUGGAGUUGACCGAAGUUUGGAGAAGGCCCGCAUGCUGCUAAAGUCACUCGUAAUCAUUGGAGCUAUUCUUGGACUGGCAAUAGGAGCUAUUGGGAUGUCUGUUCCUUGGUUAUUCCCCAAUAUCUUUACAUUUGAUCUAAAAGUCAUACAAGAGAUGCACAAAGUAUUGUUUCUGUUCUUCCUGUCGUUAUCUAUUACACCCUGUACUCACAGCCUUGAGGGCACAUUGCUGGCUGGACGUGAUCUUACCUUCAUCAGCUUCUCAAUGAGCAGUUGCUUUUCCUUGGGUGCUCUUCUAUUGCUGCUUUUGAACAGCAGAGGAUUUGGUUUGCCAGGCUGCUGGUUUGCACUUGUUGGCUUUCAAUGGGCUCGAUUUUUCCUUGCUCUCCGGCGGCUUCUUUCUCCCAAUGGCAUGCUCCACACAGAAGAGCUUGGCUCCUAUAACGUGGGAAAGUUGAAAGCUACUUGA